GAUCUUCUCCCGUUCUCCACGCCACCACCCGUUUCCCACGCCGCACAGAAAAACGGGGUCAACCUCCACAUCGCUCGCUAUCUUCUUGAUCGCCAUCGGCGGCGGCGGCGGCACCACACACCUCCCACAAAACUAACCCGAGCUUCUUCCUCUCCCCUCUCGUGCGGCGCGCUCGCGGGGCUGACAUGUCCUCGGCGGCCCCGCUGCUCCAGCCCGCCGGCGGCAAGGGCGGCGAGGCGAAGAGGCCCUGCGGGUGCCCGCCGGCGUGGCUGCGCCGCCUGAUCGACACGGAGGAGGCGUGGGCGCAGCUGCAGUUCGCGGUGCCCAUGGUCCUCACCAACAUGUCCUACUACGGCAUCCCGCUGGUGUCCGUCAUGUUCUCCGGCCACCUCGGCGACGUCCACCUCGCCGGCGCCACGCUCGGCAACUCCUGGGCCACCGUCACCGGCUACGCCUUCGUGACCGGUAUGAGCGGCGCCCUGGAGACGCUAUGCGGGCAGGCCUACGGCGCCCGACUAUACCGCAUGCUAGGACUGUACCUACAGUCGUCGCUCAUCAUGUCGGCCGUGGUGUCCAUGGUCAUCGCUGUCCUGUGGCUGUUCACGGAGCCGCUGCUUCUGUGCCUGCGUCAAGAACCUGAGGUGUCCCGCGCCGCCGCGGUGUUCAUUCGGUACCAGAUCCCCGGUCUGUUCGCCUUCUCCUUCCUGCAGUGCCUUAUACGGUACUUGCAAACGCAAUCCAUCGUCCUGCCGCUCGUCAUCUGCUCCAUGGUGCCAUUCCUGCUCCACAUCGUGCUGAACCACCUGCUGGUGAACGUGCUCGGCUAUGGCCUCAUCGGCGCGUCUGCCGCCAUCUCCAUCACCUUAUGGUUCUCCUGCCUGAUGCUGCUUGGGUACGUGAUGCGGUCCAAGGAGUUUAGCGAGACGUGGAAGGGUUUCUCCACCGACGCGUUCAACUACGUGAUGCCGACGAUCAAGCUCGCUACGCCCUCCGCCAUCAUGGUUUGCUUGGAGUACUGGGCGUUUGAGCUUCUGGUUCUUAUCGCUGGCUUGCUACCGAAUUCCACAGUGAGCACGUCACUGAUCGCCAUGUGCUCGAGCACGGAGGCGAUUGCCUACAUGAUCACCUACGGAUUCAGUGCCGCUGUAAGCACCCGGGUGUCGAAUGAGAUAGGAGCCGGGAACGUGGAUAUGGCGAAGAAUGCGGUCGCGGUGACGCUCAAACUGUCAGUGUUCCUCGCCUUCUCCUUCAUCCUGCUGCUGGGCUUAGGCCAUGGCCUUUGGGCGAGACUCUUCAGCGGGAGCGAGGUGAUUGUGGCAGAAUUCACGGCCAUCACCCCUCUGCUGAUGAUCUCCAUCGUGCUCGACUCCGCGCAGGGCGUACUGUCAGGGGUGGCGAGGGGCUGCGGAUGGCAGCACCUGGCGGCGAUGACGAACCUUGUGGCGUUCUACUUCAUCGGCAUGCCGUUGGCCAUGCUCUUUGCCUUCAAGCUCAAUUUCUACACCACGGGUUUAUGGUCGGGUCUGAUCUGCGGGCUGACUUGCCAGACCAGCACGCUGGUGGUGAUCACCGCCCGCACGAAAUGGUCCAAGAUCGUGGAUGCGAUGCAGCAAGAGAAGGCCAACUACAUCGCUUGAUCGAUAAAUAUCGUUCAUGGCUUGCACCUGUUGUAGGGGUUUUUGUGAGAUGGAGAGGGCGUACGAUGCUUGAACAGAAAGCUAGCUUUUUGACCGUGUACUUUCAGGGGAUAUAUGUCUCAGAAACAGAAAGAUGUACCCUAAAAAAAAAAGAAAAUGGAUCCUGUAAUGGCAAUUAA